AUGGACGCUCAGCUCCCCAGCAAGCUCCCGUUCUCCAAGAAGAGACUGCGCGCAAGAAUAGUCAUAUCAAAGCGCCUGCAGAUAUAUAUCAGACUAUGUGAUCCUCAUGCUUCUUCAUCCUCGACCGGGUCGAGCCCUUCCACCAGCCGUUUGCCCUGCAGAACUACACGCUGCACUACCCGUACGCGGUCAACGAACGAGUGCCCAUCCCUCUUCGCCCUUGCGAUCUCCGGCGGCUUCCCCCUGCUCGUCAUCCUCGUCUACACCAUCGUCCUGGACGGGCUGUUCUCGCAUAGCAAACCAGUCAAUGUUGCGACGGGGAAGCGGAAGAUGAUGGGCAAGUAUAGGCUCAAGGACCGGCUGUGGGAGCUGAACUGCGGCAUCCUUGGGUUGGUGCUGGCCCAGGGAGCGGCGUUCGUGAUCACCGGCGCGUUGAAGAAUGCGUGCGGUAAGCCUCGACCGGACCUGAUCGAUCGAUGCAAGCCUAGGACCUUUGACCAGCCGGAGUUUGGGCUGUCGAAUUAUACCAUCUGCACGCAGACGAACCAUGAGAUCCUGAAAGAUGGAUUCAGAUCGUUCCCAUCAGCUUCGUUUGCUGGACUCUUCUAUCUGUCGCUCUACCUCGCUGGAAAGCUUCAUGUCAUGGACAGCCGUGGAGAAGUGUGGAAGGCGUUCAUCGUCAUGGUGCCUACGCUCUCUGCUGGAUUAGUGGCGGUAUCCCGCAUCAUGGACGCCCGGCACCACCCCUUUGACGUCAUCUCAGGCUCCCUGUUGGGCGUCGGUUGCGGCUGGGUUGCAUACCGCCAGUACUUCCCAUCCCUCUCAGAGCCCUGGAAGAAGGGCCGGGCGUACCCUAUCCGUACCUGGGGAUCGAUCCCGGAACCCCCAGUGUAUACCCACCGCCGGCUUCUCGAGUACGAGAACGACCAGGUGAAACUGGUCCCUCGUACAGAUGAAGAAUAUCAGGCCGCUGAAGUUUCCCAAGACCCGCCACAUGGAGUUCCUGAGUCGACUCCGGCGCUUAUGAGCAACCCCUUUGAGCAACAACAGGUUCAGAGGCGCAGGCGACUUGCUGAUCCUGACUAUGGUGCGUCUAGCAGUGAAUCUGAAGGUUAUGAGAUGCAGCAGACCAGAUACGAACCUAGACACCACCAAGCUGCUGAGACCAGCUCAGAUGCUGCGCCCAGAUACGCCGCCUACCAUCCUGACAACAGAACGCCGUCUAGCAGCCCGCCACUUGAGCGUCACCCUGCAUCUCUCGUCAAAUCAUGA